AAUCAUUAAAACAAACCCAAUUUCAAGGAUAGCUGUUAUUAAGCCUGUAAUGGCCCAUUGCCGCUAUGAAAGUCUAAAACCCUAAAAGUUCAAAUUUCUUUCAUUCCUUCUCCUGCCUCCCCCAAUCUCAGAAGUUGUUGUUCCUUUUAUUCGGAUAAGAUGUAUCUCCAGUUCUACAUUAACGAUAAUGGUGACAAAGUUUACACCACUAAGAAAGAAUCACCGGUGGGGAUGCCUACUCAGUCUGCUCAUCCAGCUCGAUUCUCCCCUGAUGACAAAUAUUCCAGACAAAGAGUUCUUUUGAAGAAACGUUUUGGCUUAUUGCGAACCCAGCAGCCACCCCAGAAAUAUUGAUAGAUCGGAUGUGUUCUUUUUGAAGCUUUCUGUAGUGUUUCUGGCUGUAAAAUGCAGUUUCCUGUAAGAACAUAUCAAGUAUAUGAAUGCAUUGCAUUGGCAUGUUUUCUUCCUGGAUUAUUGUUUGUAUUUAUACAUGUCGUGACUCUAAUUUUCUUCAAAGAUGAUGGUGGAUACAUGUGAACGUCUUUUAGACACUGAGAAAUGUUGUAUAAGUUGUGAUAAAUCCUAAUUGAACUAAAACAA